CAUCGAUUCACAGAUAUCAAUUCACAGAUAUCGCACGGCUGUACGGGCGGUACACACGCAGUACUCGCAAGCGACAAACCGAAAAGUGAGUGCUGAGAUCGGUCUGUGCGUGUGCUAUCACGGCGAUGCGUUGCCGUCGUUGGCGCUGUUCUCCUGCGCAGCUGAGGCAUCCUCACCUAUCAAAUAACCACACACGCACACAUGUGUCUGAUGCGGGUCGACCAUCUGUCGUCCGCUGUGUGUCCCUCCCCCUCGUGUGAACCUCCGCUGUCCUCUCCGUCGCUGUCGUCGUCCAUAUCAUCCCAACCGCCGCCAUGGCCGUCGGAAUCUACACCACACAGACAGACAGAGAAGAAAUGCCAUCCAUCCAUCCAUGACCACCAUGUGUGUGUCCCAUCCUCCCCUGACCGCACCGUCGUCAUCGUCAUCCUGCUGCUGUUGUACUUGUCCGUCGAAGACGUAUGGCGCCACUCGCCCCAGCGCCACACGGGCCAGCUGAGUGGUCACGGGGUAGCGGUCCUUGAAAGGCGCAUCCUCACUCACACGAGCCGCAGGCGCCUCGGUUGUCUUAACAAUAACCAUUACUGCAGACAAUGACAGUCAGAAAGAAAGGAGAAAUGUGGCAGUUGACGAGCAAAGCUGCCUGUCUAUCGACCUGACCGGUGCCGUCCCCCCAAACCGAAAUGCCAAUCCACGCGACGAAGUCGUGGCUGGUGUUGGUGAGCACCAGAAUCCGCCAACGACCACCCCCGCUGAAUGUGGUGGUGCAUCCGGCCACCGGUGUGUGGGGCGACUGGGUGAGGAGGCCAUCCAGACGGCCGCCACCAACACGC